AUGCCUUCAGCAUCAGAAGCCACUUUGCUAGGCACCACCUGGGACCCCGAAGGGCUCUUCAGCAAAGCCUCCACACCCUUAAACUUCGCCGCGGGAGAGCAAAUGGGAGACCUUAUUGCACGUCGCGAGCGGGAGCGGGCCGCCCGAAGGGCGGCCGCAGCUGCAGCCUCCACAGCGGUGGGGACCCUUGCCCUGCCUCCCAACGCCCGGCCGCUGCGGCCGCUGCCCGGCGGCGGCGCGCCGGCCAGCGGGGUAGCUCCAGGGGAUCUUCCAGCAGAGGUGGUUUCGGAGGUGGAGUCGCUGCUUGCAUCGGACUACAUGCCCGUGGAUCUGCACUGGCCGGGCUUGCGGUUGCUCCAUCUGGAUCCGCCCGUCAUUACGGUGGACGGCUUCUUGACGGCGGAGGAGUGUGACCGGAUGGUGCAACAGGCGGAGUCGUCAGGCCGAAUGCAAGCUAGCCGUAUUGGCUCGUCCAACGUGUCGUCGUUGUAUGGCAACGCCGCGAGCAACCGUCGUACAAGUACGAGCAUGAUGGUAACGCCGGGUGUGGCGGGCCCGGCCAUGGACAACGUGGUUUCGGAGCUUCAGUCCCGCGGCAAGAAACUCCUCAGGGCGGACAAGGGUCCCGCAUGGGGACCUUCAGGAAAGAUGCCGCGGGCUGGCCAGUAUUGCUACGAGGCAUUGCAGGUGGCACGGUACGAGACAGGUCAGCAUUUCCUGGCUCAUGAGGAUGGUUUCCCACCUCAUCUGGCAGCAUCCAACGGCUUUCAGCGGCAUGCUACGUUGUUAGUCUAUCUCAACGACGUGCCGCGCGGUGGCGCCACGCGGUUUGACUAUUUGGGCCUGGCGGUGCAGCCGGUCAAAGGCAAGGCGCUGCUGUUCUUUCCCGCCUUUUCGGAUGGCAGUUCGGAUGUCAGGUCGCUUCACACAGCCGAAGAUGCGAUCGACACCAAGUACGCAACACAGCAAUGGGUUGCAAGAGGUUUGCAGAAAUCUGUGGCAGCGACAACGAAGCCGCUAGCUGUUACUGCUCCUGCCGUUACUACCGUCAGCAAUGGUGACGCCAAUUUCGCACAGACUUCAUCUUUUCAGGCUUUGCUGCAUCUGGGUUACGACCGCGUGGGCGGUCGGGCGCGCGCCUUCAGGCAGCAGCACUCCGCCUCCAUGUCCUCAUCCUCACAUGGCCUUCUUGGGCAAUCUUCUCAACUCCAGCAGCCUCAUCAAUACAACAACCAACAGCCCCAGGCCCAGCCGCAGCGCACGGGGCCCUACGCCAUUGACAUCAGAGACGAGGAUAUGGACGAGGGUGCCCCAUCCGCAGAACACCCGCGAGUACGAAGCAGUCCUAGUCCCGUGGCCGCGGCGGCGGCGCCAGCGGCGGCGGUGCAAGCAGUGCUGAAUGUGCAAGGAAGCUCGACGGCUGCCGCUGGAGCCGCGGGCCGCCUCCGCCGCGGCGGCGGCGGCGGCGGCGGCGGCGCUGUCUCCGGCGACUGGUCCGAAACGGCCGAGGACGCGACGUCCGCGUCGGCGGCGUCGGCGUCACAGUCUCAUUUGGCGCAGCCGCCGCAGACGCACCGCCCUCCCAAACCUCCUCCGGUGCCGCCGGAGGUGCACCAGGACAUGUGCGAGCGCUUCAUGACGGCGCUGGCGGCGCUGAUGGGUCGCAGCGCCCGGCGUGCACCGACGCUGACGGUGGGCGGCAUGACGUUGGCUCUGGACCUGAAGACUCGGCGCGGGCCCAUCGGCACCAGUUCGAAGUAUCGUGGCGUGACACGGCACCGUCGUACUAAGCGGUGGGAGGCCCAUAUCUGGGAGGAGCGACGGCAGGUGUACCUGGGUGGUUUUGAGGUCGAGGAGCAUGCUGCCAAGGCGCACGACGUUAUGGCGAUACGAUGUCGGGGAACCGAUACCGUACUCAACUACGUGUCGGACACGUACUCCGAGCUCAUGCCGCUCAUUCUGCCGUACAAUGGUCGCCGGCCACUGCACCGGAACGAAGUUGUACGGCUGCUCCGAAGUCACGGAAAGGAAGCCACGCGGCAAACACACGCAGCCGGGCGCUACCCGGGUCGCACCAUGCUGGCCGAGUCCCCCCCGGAGCCUCCCGUGACCAUCUUCGGCGACGACGAGUGCGACUUGUACGGCAUGAUGCCGGGUACGAACAAGCCUGGCAGCACGGGCGGCGGUCCGAUUGGCAGUAGCGGAAUGGUCGGUGUUGGCAGCCGCAGCGGCGGCGUUGGUACGGCAGGCGCCAGCGGCGGCGGCGGCGGGGCGCUACCGUGGCAAUGCUCACCCGGCGGCAGCGGCGGCGGUGGUGGUGGUGGCGGCGGCGGCGGCGGGGGUGGAUCGUCAUCAUGGGGCUAUCGAGGCACCGGCGGCGUGUCGCCGCCGCUGACGGUUCCGCCGCUGCCUCCGUCGAACAUAUCGACGUACGGCCCCGCCGCCGCUGCCGGUGACAGGCAGCCGUUGAGCCCUGGCGCGGCGGCGGUGUACGAUGGGAGCGGUUGGUCGCAUUCGGACUUGCUGGGUUGUGGCGGCGGCGGCGGCGGCGGCGGGUUCUGGAGCGGCAGCGGCGGCCUGCCGUACAUGGUCGAUUGUAUAGAUCCAAUGGUGCAUGAGCAGCAACAGCAGCAGCAGCAACCACAACAACCGCCACAACCACCAGCGGAGCAACGAGAACAACGGCCCCUGUCGGGGUCACUGGGUUGGGACAGCACGCCGAGGCAGUCGUCCGCCGCCACAGCUGCCGCCGCUGCCGCCGGAGCUUCGGGUGUCGUACACCGGAUGCCGUCGGGCGACGUCGCGGAUCGCGGCGGCGGCGUCAUCACCCCUGGCGCCAUCCAGGAGGGCGCCUCCGCCCAGGAGUCGUGUCUAGUGUACGACACUGUACAUCCGUACGGCGGCUGUACGGAUCAUACGGGGUUGUACAGCAUGGAUGCAUCGCAUUCCGCAUUCCGCCACGAGGGCUCCGCCUUGGGUCCGGUAGUUGUCGGGUAUCAAGGGGUACCGGCGGCGGCGGCGGCGGCGGCGGCUGGCGGCGUCCGGCACGGCGGCAACGUCGGCGAUGGCGGCAGCGCUCCUGCUGCCGCUCCACCCGCACCCUCGCCUUCACGGGUCGAUGGUCGCGGUACGAGCGGCGGGCCACCUCUGAGCCAUCACCAUUACCCACAACAACAUCACCAGCACCUGACUCAGCGUACUUCACAGCCGCCGCAGCCGCAGCAGCCGCCGCAGCAGCCUGCCCCGCAGCAGCAGCAGCAGCAGCAGCCGCAGCAGCAAACGCUUCCAAGCGGGGUUCGCAGCGGCAGCGGACUCUCCACCCCGGGCCCCUCCGGGUCCACGCGCCCGCAAGCCGUUGGCGAUAACUUUCCGCCGUACGCGCCCGUACAAUGUCCGUACAACGAUUCAGUGGUGCAGGAACACCGUACAGCCCAGCAUCAUGCACAGAGUCGGGGCGCCAGCGGCGGCUACGGCCAAUUCCCGCCGCAGACGCCGGUUAGCCGGAUGCUACAGCCGCGACCCACGGGUGAUCCCUCUUGUACGGCUAGCGCCGCCGCAUCGCCGCCGCAGCCACAACCGCCAGAUGACCCGUUCCGGCCGUUGGGACUAACCGGGAGUCGCAUGAGCUUCAACGGCGCCGUGCCUGGGCUCGGCGGCUUCAGCAGCGGCGGCGGCGGUGAUGGUGACGGGGACGGUGACCGCUUCAUGCGCGGCGGGCACUGCACUGGUGGCAGCGGCGCGCACGAUGACGGCGGCGGAGGUAGACUUGUACGGCGGGCAUUGAGCCGCAGCGACGGUGGUGUGGCGGGACACUGGGACAUGAGGCCCACGGGUCGCAACGCUGAAGCAGAACAGUAUCUCCGCACCUAUCACCCGCUACAGCUUCACCAGCAACAACAGCAGCUGUCGGCAUAUUCGGCGCAGCCGCUGCAGCAGCAGCAGCCGCCGCCGCCGCCACUGCCCGGGGACGUGGCUCGGGAUUCCUGGCCGAUGCCUUGGCGAUCCACAAGCGAUGUCCUGCAGCAAGCCGGACUGGUGGCAGCUGUAGCAGAAGGCGGCGCCGCCGCCGCUGCCGCGGGCAAGGAAGGUAGAGGUGGCGGCGGCGGCGGCGGCGAUGGUAUGACGGAUGUCAAGCGAUUGCAACCUGAGUGGACGUAUCCACUGAGGCCUUUGACGGCGGUUGCCGACGAAGACGGUCAACGCCGCGGCCCUGGCGGCGGCGGCGGUGACGGUGUUGGCGGCGCCGCCGCCACCUCCCAGCCGCCCUGGGCUGAUUGGGGCCCCGGCGAGGUUUUUGGCAGGGCUGCGACGGGAGCGAAUUUGUCGUACAACUAUUACGGCGGUCUGACGGCGCUCGCGGGGCUGGCGGGUGCUGGUGCCGCCACCGUCGCGGCGGUGGCGGCGGGUGACGCCCACGAGAGUGUUGCAGCGGCGGAGGCUUGGCUGGCACAACAGGAGGCGCUAUGUACGGAAAUGGAGCGGUAUGACCACGCCACGACCGAACAGACAAUGCAAGGGCUGCCGUACGAUGCUGCCGCUGUUGCUGCUGCCGGUGGCAACGCCAGCGGCGUCGUCGUUGUCAGCGGUGAAUGCGACAGCCCAGCUGGCACGGUUCUGGUGCCGUACGACGCGUCUGCUGCGCCGCAACAGGCGCAUUGGGAUGCAGUAUUGGCGGCGGCAACGUCGUACGACACGUCGCUCCGUCGAUCUGGUAUCCCGGGAGCCGGGGAUGGGGCGCAGCUGCCCCAGCCGCCGCUAGAGAUCCAGUUUGCCGCCGCCGCGGCUGGUCAAUCGUUCGGCAACCAGCUGCCGUACCUCAGUGGGCCCGAUCAUUGCGGCGGCGGCACCGCCGCCGCCCCAACUACCAUUACCAAUACAGGCCAUGCGAAUACAGGCCAGCCGGCGGCGGCGGCGGCCAUGCAACAGCCAGUUCAAACUAUUGACUCCACUGGUGCGCUACAGCCGCAGCUGAACGCUGUCCACGCCUCUGGUGGCGGCAUCGUACUUUGGUCGCCUCUUCCUGGGACAGGGCUUUCUGUGAAUGUUGCCACGCCGCCUACGCGAGUCCGCUGCAGGGAGGGCAGCGCCGGCGGCAGUACGGCAGGUGGCGCCAACGGCGUACAACACGACGGAGGCGGUGACGGAACGGUCAAUGCGAUUGGAGUGGCGGGGGUGGGAGCAGUGGUGGGAGCCGCUGGCGGCGGCAGUGGCGGCCCUGGCGGCGGCGGCGGGGAAGUAUGCAGUACAGGACUCCUCCCCGGCGUUGCCCUCGCCGGUGCUAGUGGAGAAGACAAUUGUGGAUUCAACGUCGAGGAGCCCCGGCGGAAGCGCCAGGCGCUGGAUUUGUUGUCGCUGACCUUGGCGGCGCCGCUACCUUCGCCGCCGCCGCCGCCGCCGCUCUUCCAGCACGACCUUUUGGCGCCAGUGAAGGAGUUUCGUACAUCUUCCGAAGGCAGCACACACAGCACGGUGCCCUCGGCUGUCGUAUCUGUCGUACAUGCCGUGCAAGAGGUUCCGCUGGCUGACGGCGGGGACGGCGGCGGCGACGGCGGCGGUAGUAGCAACGGUGGCGUUGCGGCGGGUUUUAUCAUGGGCACAGUGACAACGGCCGCGCCGACGGGCCCUUUCGUUGGUAGUUUCCACCAACCGCCAACCGUCACGUCCGAGACGGCAGUGCCGGGGCCUCGUACGGACGUCGCACGGUAA